UUCAGGUGAGGGGUUCGGACCACCGUGUUGUUGUAGACCUCCGUCUCGAACCCGGCAUCAUCGGCUACAGGACGAGUAAACACAACCACAACACACUCAAGACACGGGGAUUUCCUGCACUCUGGCAACCCGAGGCGCGGAAUCAGCAGGAUGUUUGGUUUCUCGGAUUUUGCAAGAAGAAACCCUCAGACUGCCGGGUGAGACUUUCACUGUCAGCUGAGGUGGCAUGAGGAGGAACUCGGAAUUCCACCAUGUGACAAACCAACACCGAACGGAGAGAAACAUGAUGGCGGAGACUCUGAGACGAGGUUUGGCGAGAUGCUGCUCGGUGGCGACGCUGCGCUCUCGUCUCCCCGUCCUCACGUGGCUGCCGGCGUACCGCUUGAUGUGGCUGAAGAUGGACGUGCUGGCUGGACUCACCGUGGGACUGACCGCCAUACCUCAGGCCCUGGCCUACGCCGAGGUGGCCGGAUUACCUGUGCAGUACGGUCUGUACUCGUCCUUCAUUGGGGGGUUUGUUUACUGUGUGUUCGGGACGUCGAGGGACAUCACCCUGGGUCCGACUGCCAUCAUGUCUCUGCUGUGUCUGUUGUACGUCAGAGGAGACCCCGUGUACGCUGUGGUACUGACUCUGCUGUGUGGAAUCAUCCAGAUCUCCAUGGCGAUACUCCGACUCGGUUUCCUCCUGGACUUUAUUUCCUUUCCUGUGAUAAAAGGCUUCACCUGUGCAGCGGCAGUGACCAUUGGUUUUGGACAGGUCAAAAACAUUCUGGGGGUGAAGGACAUCCCACAGCAGUUCUUUCUGCAGGUCUACUACACUUUCCAGAAACUACCUGAGGCCAGGGUUGGAGACGUGAUCCUGGGCUUGUCCUGUUUCUGCUUUCUGACAAUGAUGAUGAAGAUGAAGAGUUCUCUGGACUCUUUGGAGGACAACACAUUUCUUGUAGUGAAGAUGUCUCAGGGUUUGGUGUGGACACUUGCCACCAUCCGAAAUGCUCUGGUCGUCAUAGCAGCGACAUGUGUGGCGUACUCUGCCGAGGUCAUGGGUCACAGUUUCUUCACCCUCACAGGGAAAACAGCUGAAGGGCUGCCACCUUUCUCAGCCCCGCCCCUCUCAGAGAUGACAGCCAAUGGGACGACCGUAUCGUUCAGCGAGAUUGUGAAGGAUAUGGGAGGCGGUUUAGCUGUUAUACCGCUGAUGGGCGUCCUGGAGAGCAUCGCUAUUGCUAAAGCGUUCGGAAGUAAAAAUAAUUACCGCAUUGAUGCUAACCAGGAACUCUUUGCCAUUGGACUUACCAACAUCCUGGGAUCAUUUGUCUCUGCAUAUCCCGUCACAGGCAGCUUUGGAAGAACUGCUGUAAACUCUCAGACUGGAGUGUGUACACCAGCGGGAGGCAUAGUCACAAGUACAGUAGUCCUCCUCUCUCUGGCCUUCCUCAUGCCGAUGUUCUCCUUCAUCCCCAAAGCGUCUCUGGCGGCCGUCAUUAUCUGCGCUGUGGCUCCGAUGAUCGAGCUCGGUGUUCCUCCACACAUCUGGAGAGUCCGAAAGUUGGACCUGCUGCCAUUCUCCGUCACCUUCCUGCUCAGUUUCUGGGAGGUGCAGUACGGCAUUGUGGGAGGUGUCCUCAUCUCAGGGUUCAUGCUGCUGUAUCUGAUGGCCAGACCUGAGCUGAAGGUAACAGAUCAUGGAGUUCUGGUGAUGGAGUUGGGUGGACUCCAUUUUCCUGCCAUUGAGCACUUCAGUGAUUUCUUGCGCACACGUGCACUACACGUCUCUCCUCCUCAGUGUGUGCUGUUAGAUUGUCAGCAUGUCAGUAGUAUAGACUACACAGUGGUGAAUGAAGUGCAAGAUCUCCUGAAGCAGUUUAAGCUCCAUGGUGUCUCUCUGGUCUUCUCAGGUUUAAAGUGUUCGGUGCUGAAGGUCUUAUUAGCAGCAGACCUUCCAGGCUUCAUACACACAGACAACGUGGAGGCGGGACUUCAGAUCCUAAUCAGCGGCCCGGACUCUGACUACACCCCUCUCCUCCAAUCAGCAUCGAGAUCAUAGUAUACUUACACAUAAACGAGCCAAUCGAGGAGCACCUCAAGUGAGAUUCACCAAGUCGAGACCAAACCAUUUAGCACAAAAUGAUAUAAAAAAGUAAACCUUAUUUUAAAGAUGCACUACAUCUAUUUUUAAAAGUUUUAUACCAGUAAACAGAAAAUGAGCUGACUUGUUAACUAGAGUCCUUCUCAAAGAAAGUUCUGAAAGAACACUGUCAUGUGGAGCGAAGUAGCAAAAUUCCACAUGAGCUUUUUUCCCCUAACUUACUGUGUGUGAUCAAAUCACACGUGUAGGAACUCACGCCGGCAGAAUAGCUGCAGCUACACUUAGUCUCCAAACACUUUGAUAUCACCUCGGAACUGGAGAGAUGUUCGUCUCAGAUCAAAACAAUUCAUUUCUGUGUUGUAAAGUUACAACGUAGCAGCAGAAGUUCACUAAGAAACCAUGUGUCUUGUUCAUGCAAUAUAUAAAACACUGACGUUUCUUGCUGAUUCAGGUUUUUUUGACCGACUGUAUAUUUUUAUUAGAAUUCGAUGCUUUUACGGAAAAACUGACCAAAUAUAGAACUGUCAUAUUUUCUCUGUACAAGAAAAAAAUACUUUUAAUACUAAAAAACUGCACAUUUUUUUACCCGCUGUAAAGCAAGCUGACACGGACUCCAAUUCUAGUGACUUCUUAACAUUUAAAAUGACAUUUCAGUUAUUUCACUUGAGCUUGAAAUUACCUUUUGUGUUUGUGAUCAGAUUUUCUAGUGCAAAAAAACCCCACAAUUAUCUAACAUGCUAUUUUAUGCAGUUGCUCAGUGUGAAAUGGUGGUGAUUGUGGAGGUAAGCUGACGUUUACAUGAACUUAGUAACAUACAGGAAUAUCACUGUCAUUCUGAAAAUAAUGAUUUUAUCUAUUUCUCUACACUUUGUGUUUAUAUAUAUAUA